AGUCGUCAUAUGAAAAUAAUAUAUCUUAUCUUUUUCUUUGCUAAACUGAAUAUAUAUUAUCUUAUCAGAUUGUUUCAAGUCAAAUUUUCAGUUUGGUUUGAUUGGAGAGUGUUGGAGAAAAUGGGCAUGGAGGAUGUGGUUGAAGAUGGUCUUCUUCAGGGGGAAAGUUGUGACCUUUACACUGGUGAUGGCUCCACUGAUAUAAAGGGCAAUUCUGUGCUGAAACAAAAUACUGGAAAUUGGAAAGCUUGCAUCUUUAUUCUUGGUACUGAAUGUUGUGAACGCUUGGCCUACUUUGGUAUUUCCACUAAUCUAGUUACUUAUUUUACUCACAAACUUCACCAAGAAAAUGUGUCAGCAGCUAGAAAUGUCACCAUUUGGCAGGGAACAUGCUAUUUCACUCCCCUUAUUGGAGCCAUUGUAGCAGAUUCCUACUGGGGAAGAUAUUGGACAAUCACCUCAUUUUCGAUAAUCUACUUCAUCGGAAUGUGUGCUUUGACUCUCUCGGCAUCAGUUCCGGCUUUAGGUCCAGCACAAUAUGCAGUAUUACUAUUUGGACUUUAUCUGGUUGCAUUUGGGACUGGUGGGAUCAAAUCAUGUGUUUCACCUUUUGGUGCAGAUCAAUUUGAUGAUACUGACUCAAAGGAAAGAAUCAAAAAGGGGUCUUUCUUUAACUGGUUUUAUUUCGCAAUUUACAUUGGUAUUCUUGUUUCAACUACCUUUCUUGUGUGGAUUCAAGACAAUGCUGGAUGGGGUUUAGGAUUUGGUAUUGCUGCAUUGUUUAUGGGCAUUGCUCUUGUUGGUUUUGUUUCUGGUACUCACCUCUACAGAUUUCAGAAACCAGUGGGGAGCCCUUUCACAAGAAUGUGCCAAACUUUGGUUGCAUCGUGUCGUAAGUGGAAUCUCGAGGUGCCUGAAGACAGUACUCUUCUGUAUGAAAUACAUGACAGAAGCUCUGCUAUUGAAGGAAACCUCAAAUUGGAACAUACCGAUACAUUGCAGUGCCUUGAUAAAGCUGCUGUGCUUUCCGACGCUGAGAGAAGUAGCGGGGACUUAACCAAUCCUUGGACGCUUUGCAGUGUAUCUCAGGUCGAAGAAUUCAAGACGAUGAUACAUUUGAUUCCACUCUUGGCAACUGGAAUAGUCUUUUCUUCCGUUUAUGCCCAAAUAUCCACAACAUUUGUGGAACAAGGGAUGAUGAUGAACACAACAGUUUAUUCUUUCACCAUUCCUCCAGCCUCUCUAUACACUUUUGAUGUCAUUGCAGUUCUUUCUUUGCUUCCCAUUUACGACAGAGUAAUCGUCCCAAUUGUGAGGAAAUUCACAGGCGAAGAGAAAGGUUUCAACGAGUUGCAGCGAAUGGGAAUUGGCCUCUUCAUUUCAGUCUUAUGCAUGUUAGCUGCUGCAGUGUUAGAAACUCUUCGGUUGCAGCUAGCCAAGGACCUCGAUUUAGUUCACGAAAAAGAGGCUGUACCAUUAAGUAUCCUAUGGCAAAUACCCCAAUACCUUUUUAUGGGAACUGCAGAGAUAUUCACCUAUAUUGGUCAACUUCAGUUCUUCUAUGAACAGGCUCCAGAUAGUCUGAGGAGUCUAUGCUGUGCAUUAGCUCUUUUUUCACUUUCAUUAGGUUACUAUUUGAGCUCCUUUCUUUUGACUAUUGUAACUUACUUCACAACAAAAGAUGGCAAGAGUGGAUGGAUACCAGACAAUCUGAAUGAGGGUCAUCUUGAUUAUUUCUUUUGGCUUUUGGGAGCCCUUAGCUUGUUAAAUGCAUUGGUGUUCACAUUCUUAGCCAUCAAGUUCAAACAGAAAAAGUCUUCUUAAGACUUUCCAUGGAUGGAGGAGGUUUCAUUUCUUAGUGUAAAUAAUUAUUUGCAUUCUUUACAUUUGGGGUAACAUUUGGGAGUAUGUGUUUAAGUCUCAUAUCAAAUUUGAUUCUAAAAUUUUUAGGGAACUUUUCAUCCAUAUAUACUGAAAGUAUUCAUCUCAA